AAGUUUAUUCACACCUUUAAACACAAAUCGGCUUCAAUUAUUGGAAUGAUCCAUCUAAAAGCCUUACCAGGGACUCCACUCAAUAAGUAUAGUGUGAAAGAAAUAGUAGAUAUUGCCUGCAAAGAAGCAAGAAUAUAUAAAGAUGCUGGAGUGGAUGCAGUUAUGGUUGAAAAUAUGCAUGAUAUCCCAUAUCUUCAUACUAAUCAAGUUGGUCCAGAAAUAACAGCUACUAUGUCUGUUGUUUGUUCAGAGGUAAAAAGAGUGUUCACACCAGGACCUGUUGGUGUUCAGGUUUUAGCUGGGGCCAAUAAACAUGCCAUGGCUAUAGCUCAUGCUGCUAAUUUACAGUUCAUCAGAGCAGAAGGUUUUGUAUUUUCACAUGUUGCUGAUGAAGGAUUGAUGAAUGCCUGUGCUGGAGAGUUAUUAAGAUAUAGAAAACAAAUAGAUAGUAAUAAUAUUCUGAUAUUUACUGAUAUAAAAAAGAAACAUAGUGCUCAUGCUAUAACAGAUGAUGUUAAUAUAAUAGAAACAGCUAAAGCUGCCCAAUUUUUUUUGAGUGAUGGAGUCAUUGUAACUGGUCAUUCUACAGGGCAUGCUGCAAAUGUUAAGGAACUAAAAGGUGUGUUAGACAGUGUCAGUCUACCUGUUUUAGUAGGAUCUGGUGUAACUUUAGACAAUCUAGAUUCCUAUAAAGCAGCCACAGGUUUGAUUAUAGGAUCAUAUUUUAAGAAAGAUGGUAAAUGGAAUAAUGAUAUAGAUGAAGAGAAAGUUAAAAGGUUUAUGGAGAAAGUUGUAGCUAUUAGAACUAAUCCUAUUAAAGCUACCUAUAUUAUGUGAUUUUCUUAGUUAUAUUUAGGAUAUUUUAUUACUAUGCAUUUAAUUAAUGAAUAGCAGCAUUAUGAUUUUUUUUUUUUAUUCCAUUUC